CAUCUCCGUCGUCGAUUCUUCACCGCUCGCUUACACCUCACUGUCCUCUCCGGCCACCGCCUCUUUCUACUUCCGUCGUCGCCGGUAAAUAGAGCCGGCGGAGCCACGCCUGAAUUCACCGACCGCCGGACUCUAAACGCUAUCUGCAUUUCUGCUGUUGAAUAGCGAGAAACGCUGUUCGGAAGAUUUUUCUCCGGAAUUCCUGCUCUGGCAAUCGCAGCCAAGGUGAGUCAGCGGAGGUAGAGAUGACGAACAUGAGAAAUUUAUCUCAAUUUGUGAGGGGAAAAUCAGCUUGACCUAAUUAGGUUUCACAAUUGAGGUUGCUGCUGCAAUUCUGCAAAUCGUUCGUUUCUUAAGAAACCAUGACUGCAGUCUAAAUGCCUAGAUUAGUUGCUUAGAGGAAUUUGUAGCAAUGGCGUUAGUAGUUACUCCAUCACCUCUAGAUUCUUCUGCUGUUUCACUCAAAUCUCAUUUUACAUCAUCUCUGCCUGAGUUUAGAGUUAGCUUUCGAUCUAAUCGGAACAAAUUAUCUCAACCAAGUUUCUCAAUCACCUGUUCUUCCUCUCCUUACAAAAUCGUCCGUUAUCCGAAAUUAGAUAAGCAUGUUGUGAAGCAAAACAGAAUUCGGUUUGUUCAGAAGCUGAAAACUCUUCUGCUUUCGAAACCGAAGCAUUUUAUGCAGCUUCACAUUAUCUACAAAUGUCGAUCUUACCUAUCCUUACCCAAACCGCGGUCUGUCCUAUCGAUGAUCAAGCGUUAUCCCACGAUUUUCGAGCUGUUCGCCAUCCCUGUUCCUCCAACGCCAUUAAAUGCGGCUGGAUCUCUUUCUCAGCUCUGUGUCCGUCUCACUCCGGCUGCGGCCGCCCUUGCGAAAAGGGAACACGAUCUUAAGAAAUAUCGGUCGAUUUCUUUGGUAGAAAAGCUCCAAAAGCUCUUGAUGCUUGCUUCCCCAUACAACAGGCUUCUCUUGUCGAAGCUUGCGCAUUUGGGGCCCGAUCUUGGCCUCCCGGUGAACUUCCGUUCCCGUCUUUGUAAUGAUCAUCCCGAUAGGUUCAAAACUGUCGACACUUCUUACGGUCGGGCCCUCGAGCUUGUCUCGUGGGAUUCAAAUUUGGCUAAGGUUUUCCCGUCGCGAGACGAGAGCAAGUCCCGUGGGUUGAUUGUCGAUCGCCCAUUGAAAUUUAAGCGUCUACAUUUACGGAAGGGACUCAAUGUUAAGCGACGCCAUCACGACUAUCUCGUAAAGUUUCAGGAACUCCCCGACAUUUGCCCCUACAACACUAACCCGAUCGAUUUCCCGAAAGAAUCAAUCGAGGCCGAGAAGAGAGCUUGCGCCAUCAUACGGGAGGUUUUGGCGAUGACGGUGGAGAAACGAACGUUGAUCGACCACUUGACCCAUUUUAGGAACGAGUUCGGACUACCGAACAAGACGAGGGCAAUGUUGGUGAGGCACCCAGAGAUGUUCUACAUAAGCGUAAAGGGUACGAGAAAUUCGGUGUUUUUAGUCGAGGCGUACAACGAUCGGGGAAAUCUCGUCGAGAAGGACGAGAUUUUGUCGAUAAGAGACGAGCUCCAUCGGCUUGUGCGAGAAGGGAAGAAAAUGAGACGAGAGUCGAGAAAGAAGCACGUAUUCGGCGACGACGUUGAAACUCGACCGUCGGGCGAUCAAGUUGUCGACGAUGAUGAGAAUUUUGACGACGAUGAUGAUGAAGACGAUGGUUUGGAUGAUUUGUUUUGUGUAGACGACGAUAGAAGUUUCGAGGAUAAUAUCGACUACGACGACGACGAAGAUUACGCCGCCGCCGGAAGUCCCGAGUCGGCGGCGUUGCUAAAAGAAGCCGAGUUUUGGGUAGCUCAAGCGAAACUGUCGUCCCUUGGAAACACAAAUGGGUUCUUAUCAGGGCCUUGGUAGUCAUUGUUGAUGUCUUAGUUGAUUUAUUGUCACAAACAUCUUAUUUGAAAUACAACUACAAUAUUAGAUA